UGUUUCUUAACUCUUUCAGAGGUACUACCAAGCUGAGCAUCCCCGCCAAGGUAGACGAAAAAUCGUACGAAGAACGGCUGCUUGAAGACGAAGCUAAGCGACAUAGUAAUCAGCAACCUAUUGUAGACAACACCUAUCAGUUUCAUCUGAACGAAAAAGCGGAUAUCACUGAAUCAAACAGACUUGAUGAUGUUGUGGAGGAUGAAACUUUCGCAGGAUAUAAGGACCUCUUGGGCGUAGGUCCAGAUGGGACCUUCAACAAUUCGUAGUGCCAAAGGAACUGUACGAGGUGUCAAGAACCGUGUUAGGGCCGGUAUAGCAACCUUUUUACAAAUCAACAAUUCACCUGGGGGAAAGAAUUACAAGGAAAAAGAGAUGGGCAAGGUGGUGGUAUACACAACCACAAUGGGAGUGCUGCGCAAGACAUACGCGGCAUGCGCCCAAGUAAAGCGCAUCUUACGCACCCUCCUGAUAAAGUAUGAAGAAAGGGACGUCUUCAUGAGCAUCGAGUAUCAACAGGAGGUCAGAGAAAGGACGGGCAAUGAGCGCGUGAUCGUACCGCAGGUGUUUAUCGACGGACAGCAUAUUGGAGAUGCUGAGACCAUAGAGAGGCUGAACGAAUCAGGGGAAUUGAGGCGAAUUCUCAAGCCAUUCAAGAGUAUCGACGUGUGCUCCACCUGCCAGGUGUGUGGCGGCUACCGAAUGUUGCCGUGCCAGAUCUGCAAAGGGAGCAAGAAAUCGGUGCAUCGAAAUCACUUCACAGCCGAAUUUGUAGCGUUGAAGUGCAUGAACUGCGACGAAGUUGGUUUAGUGAAGUGUACAUCUUGUUCGGCGUAGUUACGAACAAAUUGGUUUUGUCAGUUGCAUCGUCGCAUCUUGUCAUGUAGGUUGUGAAUACUCGCAAUUCCUAAACAAUUAUUGGGAUUCAGAGGGGUUAGUUAGGUCUGAGUUAUACUGAAGAAGCAAGUUUCAUCAAAUAUUUCGGUAUUAUCCAACGAAUUUGAAUAGGUUAGAAGGAGCUAAGCCUAUAUGUUUUCAUUACAUUGUUUGUCACCAAAAUUCUGUAGAUUUAGGGCAUACAUUUGGCUCAUUUGCCUACCAAAGUGUUAAGCCUAUACAUCGGCGUACAUUUUUUUUCUUUGGAGAGGUAUUCAAGUAGCCAAUCGUACUGGGUGUACUCUCGUUUAGCAGGAAAGAAAUACAAUAUGUGUUGCCUUGUGAAUCGCUCAGUUAUUGUUAACAAGCAUGGAUAAAUUAUGUAUGGCAAAAAAACAAAAUUUUUAAAAAUUGUCCUCAUCAAAAAUGACCCAAUACCUGACUACUACUCAGUUUAUCUAAUUUUUGUGAUCCGAGCAGAUUCUUAACUAAAGUGAAUACCUAGUUGAGCAUAAGAUGAAACAUACCACUAUUACAUCGUUAUUACUACAUUUAUCCAAUAAUAAAAUAUGGAAGUGUUUUAAUCAAUUUGAUAUUCACGUUCAUGUAACGUCAGUUGAAACUUUUAGAUUCAAAAUCAAAGUAGAUAAGACUCAAAGUAAAAGUUUCAGGUAGACAUUUUGAAUAUCUAUCAAAAAAAUUGGUUUGUCUCCAAUAUGUUUCAUUUUUCGAUGCUGUCGUUAGGUAUAUGCUCCUGUAAACAAACAGAUUUUGACUGAUCACUCAGAGAAACAAGAUGUGAACUGAAAUAAAUCAUCAUUACCUCACACCUGUCCAGGUAACAGCCCAACGUUGAGGUGCAUUUCCUUUUGUAACGCCGAUGACUAUAAUUUAUUAACACUUAUCGAUCGUUAGUUUAAAUGAAUUUUUGCUGAAACAUUCACCAUUUUUGACAAUUGUCUGGAACACUAAGACUAUAUGGAAACCACUCACUGUUAUAUGUUUUUGCUAAAAAAAAAAACACGAAUUUCAUGUAAAAUGUCAGCAACUGUGAAACUGGCGCCUUGACCCUAAUUGGCUUGUAGUAUGACUACAGACUAUGAGAUUUUGGAGACAAACAAAUCGCGUGACCCUUCUGUUUAGUCUGAAUUUGUUGGUAUUUUCCAAUUUAAUAUGUUGCUAGGGUUUCCUAGUAAGAAUCUGUUCUCGAUAUGCCAUGACGGCCAUUAAGGGGAUGAGGUAUUGGACGUGUUCGGCCAACGGGAAGUGGUCCAGCGGUACAGCAUAUACUGAAUGGCAAUAGCCGUAGAGUAGUUUCGAUAAUUCACGACAUUUAAUCAAGAAUCUAUCAAAUCUAACAGACAGAGUUAUCCCAUGGCUACUGCUAUCCAGCUUACAGACGCUGCAUCGCAACACCGCUUUCCGUUUGCUGAACGCACUCAUUAAUAUACAUUUUGAUUCAGUAUGGUCAGUUUAUUUUAGCAAAAUAUAGGUAUAAAGAAAAUUUGCUCAACAUCCGAAAAUCGUAUGAAAAAUCGAUCUUAGGUUCAAACUCCAUCGCUCGAUGCUUGCCAAUCCUUUAUACUUACAAUCCGUGGAUUUUGUGAAUAAGGUGAAAGCUGAAUUGUUGUUGAGAAACGAGUAGUGCCUUUUCGAAAUAAGUUGCUAGAUAAUCAUGCGAGUCAGCUUCAAUGGGGUUGACAUUUUUCAAGCCGUUUUCGGUAACCUUAACAUCCCACAAAUAUAGGUGCGAUAGAAUUAGAUUUCUGCUUCAUCUAUGGGUCAGUUCAUGAGGUAUUUGGAAAGCAGUAUUAAAAAAUGAAAUGAAACGAUGCUUGGUGCUUCUGACAAUGUAUUGUAAUUUAAGGGACUUAGGUAAAGUUAAGGAGUACGGAGGAGACUGAAACCACUAUCUACAAAUCAUACACAGACCCAGAAAAUAAAAAAGUGGUUUGUGCUUGGAGUCCGAUUAUUUUUUUCACUUUGCAUUUUUUUAUGCUGGACACGUGUCUGCAGUCAAAAUUGGGGAUCGAUGAUCAAGUUUCAGAGAAAACGCAGAAGAACGAUCCACAGACUACAAAAAAUAAAAUGUGGUGUGUGCUGGGGGCCUCACAAUUUUUUUCCGUGUAUUUUCCGCUCUGCACACGAAUCUCAAGUCAAAUUUGGAGAAAGAUGGACAAAUUUGAAAGUAAUUUAAACAACAGAACUGUAAUUUUUUUUUUUUUUUGGUGGAUGUGCCUCUCUCAAAGACCUCUGAAGAUACUUCAGAUUUGAGUUCAGCGAGAAAAAGUACAUAGGAAAAAAUAAUGCGACCCAAAGGUACUUUUCCAUUCUAACAAGUUGCGGCACAUGUUGCUCGCUGCAAAUACUUGACGCAUUUUUGUCCUCGGCACAUAUUCUGCAACAUGUUGCGGGCUGUUUCCAUUCCAACAAACUUCUGGCUGAUGCGCCGGCUCAUAACGUGCAACAUGUGGAGCAAAUUUAUUCUAACGGAAACGUACCUUUAGGUAUGACGCUCAGUGGUACGAAACACGAAAUUAGAUGUUCGAUGGUAUGGAAAUGUAAAUGCCUCGAAAAGAAUAAUCUGAAUUGUCAUUAGAGACCAUUUUAAGGACAGUUGAUUGGACUUUUAUGGGUUAAAACUACCCCUUUAACGGUGGACAGUAUUUAUGGUGCCAAUGUCCAAGUACUUAUUUCGCCGAAAAUUCGUAUGUGACUGGUAUAUUAUGGUAGGUAGGUACGUAAUUGAAUCUAAUUCUGUUCUGUCAAAUUCAAUGAAUCUACGAGAGCAACAGCUUCUUCGAUGCUAUAACAUAUGCGUUGAUUUUUAUUCUCCGACUGAAACUUCGGUGCUCUCUUGAUUUUUGUAGCUCGAAGCUGAUACGUCUUGUUUAGACCUUCCUUGAAUCAGCUAAAUAUGGUUGUGCAUGAAAAAAAUCGUAUUUAGACUUCUGAACAGCAAGACUCGCGUUUUGUCCCACUGUGGACCGCUGGGUGAAGUAUUGUGUACUUAUGGGCAUACAGAAUUUGGGCUCCUACUUACUCCUUGGGUUAAACUCAUAUUAUUUAUGAUGUACAGUUAACAAUACAGAUGGACAUUUUUAAUGCUAAUGUUUGUAAUUACGAUUACGUCGGUAUUUAAAAUCCAUAUGAUGCUCAAAAGUGUUAUGUUUAUCCAAUUUAGCAUAUUAUAGUAUAGAAGAUACUGAAAGUGAUAUUUUUUGCUAUAGAUAUCCUAUUGUAGAUAACUAAAAUAUAAGACUCUUUUCUAUAAUACUGUAUUUUAUAAGUAUAAAUACAGUGUGAGCGAUACAGGGAGAAUCAAAAGUGGUGUUAAAAGGAUACGUACUAACUUCUGAUUUUUUACUUGCACACAGUGUAUCUUGCAUUACAUGUUAUAGUUUUACUUAAUCAAAAAGUAUCGUAAAAAUCAUAUAGUUUUUUUUAUGACGACGGAAUUCUGUUCGAAACGCGAAUCUAACAUAGUCUUUCAAAGCUUCAAAAAUAUUUUUUUUACAUAGUAGUGCCAUUCGUCGUCAGAAUGUCUCGAGUCAACGGUUUGACGAUAAACACAUUUCCACCACUCUUUCGUCAAACAAACUUAGUUAUCUGACACAUAAUAACCUAUACCUAUACAAAACAAUUUACGCAUUUUUUUAUGUAUAUAUACUAGUUGUUAACUUAUUUUUAUGUUUUUUACAUUCUACUAUACGAAUAUAAUGUUUAUAGUACCAACGUUGUAAUUUUUAUAGUGUCAUUAAAGUUUAUUAAUCAUACUGAA